AUGACGACACAGUCGUCCGCGAAGGAGGCCACGCCCCUGCUGGGCAACGUGAGCGAGCACCUGGACGCCAAGGAGAAGAAGAAAGCGUACUCGCGCUGGCGGGACGACGAUGCCGAUGAUGACGACGGCAGCAGCAGCGGCGACCCGCUGUCCCCCAAGCGCCGGCGCAAGUCCGCGCAGCGCCAGAUGCUGUGUCUGCAGUUCAGUCUCCUGCUGCUGCUCGCCUGGGACCUGGCCAGCCUCCUCCUGGUCUGCAGCUUCAGCCUCGGGGGCUCGGCCUUCACGCGGCUGCGCUGGCUGCUGGACGUGCAUCAGACUCAGUGGCGCUUCUGGGGGCUGCCCGUGUGGGCCACAGUGACCAAGAGCGUACUGUUCCUGCUGGCUACGCGCUGGCCCGACGCGCGCGUCGUCACGUGGGUCGUGAACCUCUUCUGCCUCGCGUUCCUCAGUGUGUUGGCGGUGGACGCGUUUAAGCUGGACGCGAUCUCCCGCCUCGACGAGGAGAAGCAGGCUCUGGUGGACGCCAACGUGGCCAACUCCCUGCCGCUGAUCUUUACGGUGCUCGAGGUGGUCAACUUGAGCUUCCUGCUUGACUCGAUCAGGACCUCGCCGCCGGCGGAGAGUGAGACGCUGCCUCAAGUUGCGGCGGACAAGCCCACGGAAGCGCCCAAGCCGCGCGGUAUUUCCUUUGUGAAGCUCGUGUACAUCUUGAAGCCGUACUUCUGGCCCCAUGGGUUCGCCAACAAGCUGCGGGCUGCGAGUACGUACCUGGUGCUGAUUCUGAGCAAGCUGGCGAAUCUGGCGGCGCCGUUGUUCAUGGCGUCGGCUACCAAUUCGCUGGUGGCGAAAGAUAUUGGUGGCGCUAUCCGUGAUAUUGCCAUCUUCAGCGGCCUCACGCUAAUCUCCAAGCUGUUCAAGGAGAUGCAGUCGCUCAUUUACCUCAAGGUGAAGCAGACGGCGUACAUUGAGCUGGCGACGCUGACGUACGAGCACGUCCAGUCGCUGUCGUACGACUGGCACGUGCAGAAGAAGCUCGGCGACGUGCUGCGCUCGAUGGAUCGUGGUGUGGAGUCGGCGAACAGCGUCGUGUCAUACGUGUUCCUCUACCUGAUUCCUACCUUGGCCGAGUCAGUGGUGGUGAUUGUCAUCUUUGCGAUGCACUUUGAGCUCGCGGGGCUGAGUUUUGUCGCGUUCUCCAGUCUGGUAGUGUACGCUUACCUGACUAUCAAGAUCACGCUUUGGCGCAAGAAGUACCGCGAGGCCUCGAUGCGUCAUGACAACGAGUACCAUGACAAGGCUACGGACGCGCUGUUGAACUACGAGACCAUCAAGUACUUCGGCAACGAGCGCCACGAGAUUGACGAGUACUCCAAGGUGAUCGAGAAGUACCAGCGAUACUCUGUGUCCGUGCAGGCUUCGCUCAGCGUAUUGAACGGCUCGCAGUCGAUUAUUAUCCAGGCUACCGUCUUGGCAGCGCUGGCUCUGGCAGCGCCCCAUGUGGUCGAUGAGAACAGCGGACGCAGAAUCGACAUUGGUGCUUUCGUCGCCAUCUCCGUGUACCUCACGAACCUCUUUGCACCGCUCUUUUUCCUUGGUGGUAUCUACAACAUGGUGAUUAACUCGGUCGUCGACAUGAAGAAGCUGAGCGAACUGCUCUCGGUGGAGCCUGACAUCGUCGAUUCACCUGACGCGGUGCAGCUUGGUGUGUGCAAGUACGAUUCCGAGAACGGCAUUGAUGUGGUAUUCCGCCACGUGUCUUUCCAUUAUCCGUCGCAGCCAGCCACCACCGGCGUGAAAGACCUGAACUUUACCAUCCCGCGUGGCACGACCACUGCGCUUGUGGGCGAGACUGGCGCAGGCAAGACCACCAUUUCGCGACUGCUCUUUCGCUUCUACGAAUGCAACGCGGGUAAGAUUUUGGUGAACCACCACAACAUCGCCGCAGUGACUCAGCAGUCGCUGCGCCAGGCCAUCGGCAUUGUGCCUCAAGAUACGGUACUCUUCAACGACACCAUUCUUCGAAACAUCAAGUACGGCAACUUAAACGCUACGUUCGACCAGGUCGUCGAAGCAGCUAAGGCUGCUCGCAUCUACGACUUCAUCAUGAAGCUCCCUGACCAGUGGAACACAAAGGUUGGCGAGCGUGGGCUCAAGUUGUCGGGUGGCGAGAAGCAGCGGGUUGCUAUUGCACGCACUUUGCUGAAGGACCCACCUUUCGUCAUUUUGGAUGAAGCUACGUCGGCGCUUGACACAGUGACGGAGCAGGAGAUUCAGGCUGCUCUCAACCGUCUCAAGGCUAAUCGCACGAUGCUGGUCAUCGCUCAUCGUUUAUCCACGAUUCGCAACGCACACCAGAUCAUUGUCAUGCAACACGGUGAGAUUGCCGAACGUGGCACGCACGAUGAACUGGUAGCGCAACCGAACAGUAUCUAUGCCGGAAUGUGGGAUGCUCAGCGCAAGCACGAAGGUGAAUCAACAACUAGCGACCGGGAGGAAGCUGCUGACGCCGACCAGACCCGUGUGCGCGAAGUCGAGCGGUGGUUUGCUUUGGUGUCGACGCAGAAUGGCCCCGGCAUCGACUACGGCAAGGGCAAGACUUGGGUGUCGCUGGCCACGAUCGCUGCUGAGCUCAAGAAGUCCAACCCCAAGAAAUACCCCAACAAGAAGGUCGUGUUGGUGAAGCGCGUGCCGGACGACCAGUUCGCUGCUGAACAGCUGAAGUCUUUGCCCUACCCUCCUCAAGACAACAGCAGACCAGGCGAGCCAUUUGCUUGGAUCUGCGACGGGGGUGGCGUGUACGUCAUCGUCGUCUACGCGAUGGUGCAAUACAACGGAGAACCCCGCUACUACCUAAUCGUGGAGUUUGGCAGCCCCGAAGACGAUCUACAGGGCAAGAACGACCAGCAGGAGAUCGAGCUGCUGCGGCUUGCUCCCGUGCAGAUACUUCUCGCGGGCCGCGACCAGCUCCAGCAACUCGCUGGAGGCGAGGACUCCUCACCUCCUGAGGAGGGCGUCACAGCUGGACUGAUGGGCUUACCGCCAGGGGCAAAAACUCAAGUACGCCCAGGCAUUGUGGAGGAGGUCCAGGCUUCGACGAAGCGUCGAGGUGAAGAGCUUGCCGCCCAGCCAGCGAAGAAGCCAGCGGAUGUCACGUUGAUCGCGAAUCUGGCCACGGAGACGCGCUAA